AUGGUGAGUAACACGGACGCUAUCAAAACUUUGCAGGAAGCGAGUGCUCGUCACGACCAACUUUUGGUUUCUCUCCAAUCUCAGGCGAAGGAUCAGAAGAAAUGGAAUGUGACCACACAACAAACCCUCCAGGAUUUGGUUCGCCAGUUAAUAGUGCUUUCUACACAAUUGGGAGCUCCGACAACCACUUCUUGCGAUGAUGAGGGUUCAAGAGAAAUCAUGGUUCCCAGAGGCAAAGCAAAAAUGAAAGUGGAAUCCGAUGAUGUAUUUCCUUUCUCACCCAAACCAGUUCAGGUGGAGUUACCUAUAUUCAAUGGUAAGGACCUAGAGGAGUGGCUUGCAUCGGCAAAUGAUUUCUUCGAGUUUUAUGGCACUGAGGACCACCAUCGCGUAACCAUGGCAUCUUUCAGAAUGGAAGACAAUCACACGACCUCUCAUAAUCUUAUGCAACCUCGCAGAAUUUCGACGGCUGAAGCUCAAGCUCGACGCGAGAAAGGGUUGUGUUAUUAUUGUGAUGCUAAAUUUGUUUUGGGUCACAAAUGCAAGGAUCCUCAGUUAUUUUUUCUGGAUGAUGAACUUGAGGAUGAACACCAAGAAACGGUAAGAGGUAUACGAGCGAAUAAGGGCGAUGAAUUAGACGACUCCGACGAUGUUGUACGUGAACAAUCUUUAGUUUCCUUUAACGCUCUUGCAGGUUGUUUCACUCCUAAUACUAUACGUGUGACGGGGGAGAUUAGAGGCCGACCGGUUCGGAUUUUGAUUGAUGGUGGCAGUACACACAACUUUGUCCAGUCUCGUGUUGCAAAGCAUUUGGGUUUGAAGGUGACAGCAGCACCAAACUUCAGGGUCCUUGUGGGAAAUGGUGAAAAAUUACAAAACGAAGGUUGUGUGCAUGAUCUUAAAUUGCGAGUUCAAGGUACUGAAUUGAUUAUUGAUUUUUAUGUGUUACCGUUAGAAGGUACUGAAAUGGUGUUAGGAGUUGCUUGGAUGGCUACUCUUGGACCGGUAACUAUGGAUUUUUCUACACUUCGGUUUCAAUUCCACCAAGGGAACAAGGAACAUUAUUGGCAAGGGGAAACAGAGUUGGUUCCCCAACUUAUCCAAUUACAAUCCUUACGUCGUUUGAAGGAUACUAAAGGCGUGGCUUCCUAUUAUUGUUUGCAAAUGGAUAUGAAACUAACGAUGGAAAGCAAAGUUGAACCAGAGGACAUGACAAAACUAUUGGCUGAAUUUGAUAUGAAAGAUGAAGUCGAACGACAAGUCCUAGACAUGCUUGAGCACCAGUUGAUUCGUAAGAACAAUAGCCCAUUUUCUUCUCCAGUGUUGUUGGUAAAGAAGAAAGAUGGUACGUGGCGGUUCUGUGUUGACUACCGUGCUUUAAACGCAAUCACCAUUAAAGAUAAAUUUCCGAUUCCCACUGUCGAUGAACUCUUUGAUGAGUUGGGUGAUUCACAAUUCUUUUCAAAGCUGGAUUUACUUGCCAGCUAUCAUCAAAUUAGAGUUAAAGCAGAAGAUGUUCCGAAAAUAGCUUUUCAGACUCAUGAAGGAUAUUAUGAGUUUCUCGUCAUACCGUUUGGUUUAACCAACGCGCCAUCCACUUUUCAGGCAACAAUGACCGAUCUCUUUCGACCAUUUCUACGCAAAUUUGUUUUAAUUUUUUUGGAUGACAUUCUUGUGUACAGUCGAAAUUGGCAGGAACACUUGGACCAUGUUCGACAGGUGCUACAAAGGUUGCAAGAAAAUGGUUUUGUCGCAAAGCGUAGUAAGUGUACAUUAAGACAAACUACUGUUGAAUAUUUAGGGCAUAUAGUUUCAAGGGAAGGAUUGGCAGUGGAUCCCGCUAAGGUUGAGGCAAUACGAGGUUGGCCUGUACCUACCACGGUCAAGGAAGUGCAGGCAUUUCUCGGAAUUGCAUCUUACUAUCGUAAAUUUAUUAAGGGAUUUGCUACUAUAGCAGCCCCCAUCUCAGAUUUGCUUCGUAAAGGCCAAUCAUUUGAAUGGACUGAAGCGGCUCAAAGCGCUAUGAACCAUUUAAAAUCACGUCUUUGUUCUGCUCCAAUACUUGGGCUGCCGGAUUUUGACAAAGAAUUCCAGGUCGAAACUGAUGCUUCAGGGAUAGGUAUAGGAGCGAUUCUAAUUCAGGAGGGUAAACCGUUAGCCUAUUUUAGUCAAAAGCUUAGUCCACGGAUGCAAAGUGCUUCUACUUACAAUCGAGAAAUGUUCGCCAUUACUCAAGCAGUGGGGAACUGGCGUCAAUAUUUGGUGGGUCGUAAAUUUAUCAUUAUCACUGAUCAGCGCUCUCUGCGUGAAUUAAAUCAACAAACUAUUCAAACCCCGGAACAACAACGAUGGUUAUCAAAAUUGAUUGGGUAUGAUUUCGAGAUCCAUUAA